AUGCUGAGAAAGUAGAAUGAGGGUUUUGUGAUAAAAAUGGGAAUUUAAAAUUAAAAAAUGAAAUAAUAUUACUUAUAUAAAUUAAUUUAAAGCGCAGGAGGUUUUUUUAACUAAAAUGGGAUAAAAACAGGUUAUUAGUCUUAUUAAUAGGCAAGUAUAAAAAUGGAAGAAAAGUUGAAAAUUGUGUAAAAAAAUUUAGGGAUUAAAAAUUGUAAUUAUCACUAUAAUUAUAUCUAGGGGAAGAAAAUAAUAUGAUGAAAAUGGAUUGA